ACUGACCUCUGCCUGCAGCUGGAAGAAGAGAUAUUUCCAUAGGAUGCGCGGCUGACUCCACUUCCCUCCUCAGAGCCCUUCCUUGGCUUGGAGCUGGAUUUCAGGCCAACAGGGCAGCCUGGGAUGCUAGAGGGCUCGCCAUGGAUCUGCCUUAUUACCACGGCCCUCUGACCAAGCGAGACUGUGAGAUCAUACUGCUCAGGGAAGGGGUAGAUGGCAGCUUUCUGUUAAGAGACAGCGAGUCUCUACCGGGAGUCCUGUGCCUCUGUGUCUUGUUUAAAAAUUUUGUCUACACAUACCGGAUCUUCAAAGAGAAGUAUGGGUAUUACAAGAUACAGACUGCAGAAGGUUCUCGAAGACAAAUCUUUCCAAACCUAAAGGAAUUGGUCUCCAAAUUUGAAAAACCAAACCAAGGGCUGAUGUUUCCCCUCUUGAACCCCAUAAACAGAAGCAGCCCCUGCUUGAGAUGGAGAACAUCGAAAUUAGAGUUGGGCGACAAUUACGAGAACUCCCAAGACUAUGUGGACAUCUUGCCUUAAAGAGCAGGAUGCUGGACGCAAGUGAGAGAAGAAAUGAGGAACAGCUCUCACUGGGGAGACCUGCCGGCGUAGGUCUGGAAUGCCAAACUCUUGCAGAUAAUUUGGACUCUCCUGGUCUGGGUAACGGGUGAUGCUCUGUCCACCAGCAUCAGAGGCCACUGGGAGCAAUUUCAAGGCCCCCUUUUAUCCCCACUCUUCUUUCUUGGAAUGGGACAGCCUGAAGCUGUUGUCCUUGUCAAAGGACUACCACUACAUCACAGCUGACACCUGCCCCUGCACCAUCAGAGAGGCAGCUUCAUGCAGGGAGAAGCCCUGAGUUCUAGUCCCGUGUGACUUUGGACAAACCUCUUCCUUUCUCGAGCUUUCAGUUUCUUUGUCUAUAAAUAAAACAAGUGGUUGAGUGGGAUGACUGCACCGCCCCAGA